AUGCCAGAGGAGGCCACCUGGGUAGUCAGCAUGCCCGAGACUUCGUGCCCGCUGCAGUGUAGUCUGCGGGCGCAGGCAGCAGCACCAUGGAGCCAACCGGCAGCAGUUGCUCCAGCUUUGCACAGUGGCAAUAUGGUAGCCCUUGGGCCAGUCCGGGCAGCAAAAGAUGUUAAGAACGUGCUCUACACUGCAGCCGGGAUGAAUGGCCCUACCUGGAGCCUACCUCUGGCAGAAAGCACCAGGGGAGACUUGAGGUUGACCUCUAGGGUUUUGGAGUUGGAGGAAACCAUCAAAGGUGGAAGGCUGCUGUGUGGAGUCCUACAUGACAAGUUGCAGAAGCUGCUGAAGGACAAGGGAUCAGCCAAGCUGGAAAAAGCAGAGAUUCUGCAGAUGACCGUCGAUCACCUGAAAAUGCUGCAUACUGCAGGAGGGAAAGGUUAUUUUGAUGCACAUGCUUUGGCUAUGGACUAUCGGAGUCUAGGGUUUCGAGAGUGCCUGGCCGAAGUUGCUCGAUACCUUAGUAUUAUAGAGGGUCUGGAUGCCUCCGAUCCUCUGCGAGUUCGACUUGUGUCUCAUCUCAAUAACUACGCCUCUCAACGGGAAGCAGCAAGUAGUGCACACACUGGCAUUGGACACAUUCCUUGGGGCAGUGCCUUUGGACAUCAUCAUCACAUAUCUCACCCGUUGCUGCUGGCUCAAAAUGGGCCUGGUAAUACCAGUACUUCAGCAUCUUCCACAGAACCACAUCACCAGACCAGAAUUGCUGCCCCACAUGCUGAAACUUCCUCACUCAGAGUGCCCCCAAAUGGCAGCGUUGGACCAGUGCUCCCCGUGGUCACAUCUACUACCAAACUGUCUCCUCCUCUUCUCUCCUCCAUGGCGUCUCUGUCUGCGUUCCCCUUUUCGUUCGGCUCCUUCCAUCUGCUGUCCCCCAACGUGCUGAGCCCGUCUACAGCAACGCCGUCAGCAACCCUUAGCAAACCAUACAGACCCUGGGGGACUGAGAUUGGAGCCUUCUAAGAACUAACUCUUUAGUAAGGGUGGGGAAGCCUACAAACCUAGCUGAGCUGGGUUAUGCCACACUUAAAAUUGAAGUUCUUAAUAACGGGGACAAAGGUACAGCUUCACCUUAACUAAGUUUGUCUAAAAAACUGUCUCUUUGGAUUUUUCCUUUUGUUUUCUACGUUUUUGUAUUAGCAUUUUUUUUUUUUUAGUAGUUGCUGAAGUUGUCCAAAAAUAAAAUUACAAUAGUGGUUGUUAACACUUGUGUUAGAUCUGUGCUGAGCAUUUAAAUCACUUUUGUAAACAGUUUGUUUCAAAUGUUUCAUUUUUCCUGAGUACAUCAGACUGCCUUUUUAUGAAGAGAUAUCACAUAUUAUUGUUUGCAACGGCCUAGUUUAGUUAUUAAUUUUUCCAAGACCACCCUUCUCAGCAUUAACAAGCUGUGUUUUUGUUAGUAUUUUGACCUUGAGAUGUUCUAUAAAGAAUUACUCUUUUUGUAAACUA